AUGCCAGCCGCCGACGCCCAAGAAUGGACGUUCCCCAAGCCCAAAAAGACGCGCAGACGCCCUCCCCCGCCACCAGCACCCCAGCGCACCGCACCCGCAAUGUCCGCAUCCGCCAUCAGGGCAGAGCACCUCAGCGCGAAAAGGGACUGGGCGUCAUCAACCUGCUGCACCUCCCUCCGCGAGCUCGUCGCCUCACACGGCCCGGCCCUGUCCCCCGUCACCAGCGCCGUCUGCCUCGGCCUCGGCACCUUCGACCCGCACGACGGCUCGUGCGAGUCCAAACGCCGCACCCAUCGCCAGUUCAUCGCCUUCCUCACCAUGGUCGAAGAGCUGGAGAAACUUGCCGGCACAAAGAUCGAGUGCAUCUUCCAGGAGCCGCUCUUCACGGAUGCGGAGAGGACGUUUCUGACCGGCAUGGGCUACCGCGUCGUCGACCACCCCGUUGCGUGCCGCGCCGUGACGGCCGACUCGCUGCUGUACGGGGUUCACUUGUAUCGCGAGCUGUACGAGGAGGCGCUGCGUGCGGCGCUGCCGGCCGUGUUUGUCGGCACCGACUGGGACACGUGGGACGGGGUGCUACUGGAGCGUGAGGCGGUGCAGGGCGUGAGGAGGAUGCAUGAGAGGUACGAGAGGUUUGCGUUUCCCGAGGAUGGCAUUACGUUUUCGAGCACGUCUGUUUACUGGCGGCCCAGAGGGGCUUUGGCCAGCAGCAAGGGCGGAGGAGAAGAGCAUGGCAGAGCAGAGAAUGAGUUGGUGGAUAGGUUGGACAAGGUGGACAAAAAUGCGUGA